AUGGUCGCUGCGAGUGAAUUGGCCAGCGAUGCCGCAGAGAACGUGAUCACUAAGUCGACUCGUGGGGAACAGGUUGAAAUUGGCCAGCUUUACAACGCCCGCACUGGCGGGAUCAUCCCAAGCAUCUCCCUUUGGCGCCUCGACGACAUCAAAAAGGGGCAGGAGGUCGUUCCAUGCCCAGACACGACCUUCGACUUCACCACCAGCAUGAAGGACCUCCGGAAGCACCACAACCUCGACGCCGAAGGCUCCGUGGAGAUCGACUUCGGCAUCUUCGCGCUCAGCGGGUCCGCCCAGUACCUGAAGAACACGCAGCACCACGAGCACGAAGCCCGCGUGGACGUGUCCUGCACCGUUUACGAGGGAGCGACGGGCAACAUCACCUUCACUAAAAAGUGUAGCUCUAAGGAGGAUCAGACCCGGAUUUCUGGCGCACUGGCUGGAAAACUCAAGGCUUUCAUACCCAUUUCGGGCAAGCUGAGCAUGGAUUGGGAGGAGGGCGAGGAAGAAGACUUCGAGGGCACCGAUAUCAGUGUCCGCGGCGCCAUCACGGAAACCGUCGGCACCAUCGAGGACGCGGCUCGGGUCGGCAAGGAGUUGCCCACAAGGUUGAGUGACCUGAACAAUUCGCUCAAGAUGGUGCUCCUCCCCCUGUCCUUCGUCGACUCCGAGGCCCGCCGCGUCGUGACGCGGCUCGACGCGCGCACCAUGGAGGACGUAUCUGCUGCUCUGAAGACUGCGGAGGGCGUUCACUUGUCUGCUGAGUCCUUGUGCGUCGCAGUGAAUGCGUUCCCAUGUGUAGAGACCCAGCGCAGAAACUUCGCCACCGCCUUUAAUUCCUGCAUCAUUACCUUCCGCACUGCCGUGCGUAACUUGGCGCCGAAGCUCAGGGACGGGGAUAGCAGCACCACAGACAAGGACACCUUUGAGCUCCAGCACGCCGUGGAUCGCAUGACGCGCCAGACGAAGCCUGCCAUUAAGUACGUGGAGCUGAAGAAUCAGGAGACCGCUGUGCUGAGUUCAUAUGUCAAUUUCCUGUUGGAGACCGGCUUUGCCAACUACAUGGACCCCGUGGCCAAGGUCCAGCCCGCCAUCGGCAGCAGCAAGCCGCGCAUCUUGCUCUCCCUGGCCGGAAAGGACAUCAACAACCCGUGCCACAAAUUGGAAACAUCGCUGACAUGCGACGCCGUCGCCAAAUCCUUCGCCGACGUCGUGGCGCUCCAGGUGGACAACAAGGCGGCCAGCUUCGACGCUGAGUAUGGGGUUGGGAUCGUGAACAAGGGAAUCCCCUUCUGGUCGACGGACGAGAAGAUGAAAAAGACAGAGGUCGGCGACUUGGUGCUCUUCUUGGAUGGCAGAGUCCGCAUAAUCACCAAGCUCUUCCCCGGCCCCCCAGAGAACGUCAAGCUGCGGUGCAACGAGCAGACCAUGCAUGUCCAGUGGGAGUGCCUCGAGCAGCAGAACUCGAUGCCCCCCCGCAGCUUUCGCGUGCUCUGGCGGCCCCGCCCAAACGCCGACUUGGACACCUUCGAUCAGAUCGUCAACGAAUACGCGGAGUUCGAGUGGAGGGAUGCGCCUGCGGGAGAUCCUUACGAGUGCGUACCGGGGGCGCAGGGGGGCGCUUACCGCUGCGAACUCGGCCCCCUGGAUCCAAAUACGGACUUCGAGGUGCGCGUGCAGACGUGCUCCGACAUUGGCUUCUCGGCGCGCUCCCCUCCGAACGUCAAGCGGACGGGCAAGCUGCCCAGUGCCGCCAGGGACAUAAUCGCUUUUUACCAUGAGAAUAAGGCCCGGCUCGAGUCGACCGGGGCCGGGGGAUGGACUGACAAGGUCGGCGGCAAGAAGCCUUGGGAGUCUACGGAGGAUUCGCUCUUCCUUGGCUCGUGUACCGUUGCAAGGAGACCGUGCGAGAGCGGCGAGUUCGCAGGAAAACUGGCUGCCAUCAUGACCGACGUUGCGUCCGACUUCAAGCCCGAGAUCACUCUGGGCCCCGAGCAGGAGGCGCGGGCGCUCGUCCUCAUGUUUGCUGGCCCCACGGGGGCCGGGAAAUCAACGGAGAUCAACGCGUUCGUCUCGUUCUUGUUGGGCGGCGACCUCGCGGACACCCACCGCAUCAUGCUGAUCGAUGACCGCGCUGCCGAUCCGACGCAAUCCGUCACCCAGCACAUCACCGUGUACCGAUUGCGGCCCAUCGGGCCCCGAUUCCAGGGCCAUACGCUGUACAUUGUGGACACGCCUGGCUAUGGCGAUUGCAGGGGGCACGAGGCGGACAACUUCAUUACCGCCGCCAUGGCAGAGUUGUUCAAGAUGAUCGAGCACGUCAACGCCGUAGUCUUCACCUGCAAGGCGAACGAGGGUAAGAGCAGCCCGAGCAUGGUUGCCGUGGCAACGCACAUCUUCCAGCUCUUCAGCAAGGAUGUGCAGGGGUGCCUCCGUGCCGUUCUCACGCACGCUGAUGCGGGAGCACCCCAGGCCGUCGCCAAUCUCAAAGCGCUUGGUUGGCCCGUGGACCAAGGCUACGCUCAAGUAAACAACUCUGCUUUCCGAGCCCAGUCCACAACCGACGCCAACGUGCGCGACUGGUGGAAAAUGUCAAUGUCGGGCCAGAAGCGCGCGUUGGACAUGUUGCUGCGCAUGGGGCCGGUGUCUACACGCAAGAGCGCGCAGGUAACCACGCAACGCAUGACGCUGGAGGAACAGUGCGAGCUCGCUGAGAAGAAGAUCUUCCGCACGGCCCUGGAGACACAGAGCCCCCUCGCCAACCUGCGGGCGAUCGCAGAGGCGGCGGGCGCCAGCCCGGGCGAAAAGGUGAGGGUCAGCACUGUCAUCGUCAAGGAAGAGCCGGUUGCUGAUGGGAAAAAGACUACCCUCUGCUUAAAAUGCCACGUAACUUGCCACGAAAUUUGCGCUUUCGAUGACGGCGAGAAGCAUCAAUGCAUCGCAAUGGACAAGAAUGGGCAUUGUACGAUAUGCCCUAACAAAUGCCGCUAUUCCGAGCACAGGAACGCUAUGUUCAUCUUGCGAUCGGAGACGCAGUGGGAGGAAGUCGUGCCUGAGGAUUUGAUCAAUCGCUGGAACAAGAACAACAACUCCAUCGAGGGCGCCGCGCUCGGCGCCAUGGACAAGUACCUUGAGUUGCAGGACGAGCUCACCGACGACAUCAGGGCCCUGGCCGCGCUCACGGAUGAGCUUCACCAGACAGCUCUCUUGCACGACCCCGAGCGGUUCCUCAAAUAUUUGGACACGCUCAUCGCGUCCGCUAAGGCGCGGGGCGCCAGCAGCGAGCAGUUGCAGGCGCUCAUGUCCGCCAAGAAUACAAUGAAGAUCGCCGCUCAAGCGGCGUCAGCGGAGGGCUACACGAAUGCGGAGUCCGAGCUGCUCGCGAAGGUCACGAGGCACGUCCGCGGCGAGAUGAAAAGGCGCACUCAGAUGGGGCCCCUGGCGCGCGCCAAGGAGGAGGAACAGCCCUGCGAUAUCUACAACAAGAUCUACAAGAGCCUCCCCGCGCCGAUUCGAGAGAAAGCCCCCGUGCCGCCUGCGUGUCCCGACGGCCUGGCGUCAUGG